GUCGCGAGGGGGAACAUGGCUACCCUGUCUGUUAGCGAGCCUCAGGAGAUGGAAGUCGACAGGAGGGCCGAGUCGGAGGAGUCCGGCGAUGACGAGACUAAGAGGAGGAGCGUCAAUGGAGACGUCGAAGACCUACAGAGAGCUUCCAUAGCUCCAGAAGAGCUUCCUGUCGAUAUGGACACCAUCACCCUCGACCCGAACGAGGAGGACGUGGAUCUGGUCCACUGUCGGAUCGGGAAGAUCGAGGGACUCGAGGUCCUGCAAAAAGCCAAGACGCUUUCUCUUAGACAAAACCUGAUUAAAAAGCUCGAGAACCUGGACAGCCUGGUGUCGCUGAGGGAGCUGGACCUGUACGACAACCAGAUCCGCAAACUGGAGAACCUGCAGGCUUUAACCGAGCUCGAGCAGCUGGACGUAUCCUUUAACCUCUUGAGGAAGAUCGAAGGUCUGGAGCGUCUGACCAAGAUAAAGAAGCUCUUCCUGCUGCACAACAAGAUCACGAACAUCGCUAACCUCGAACACCUCACUAGCCUUCACAUGCUGGAGCUCGGCUCCAACCGCAUCAGGGUCAUCGAGAACCUGGACGCACUCACCACACUGGACAGUCUGUUCCUUGGCACGAAUAAGAUCACGCAGCUGCAAAACCUGGACGGGCUCCACAACCUGACGGUCCUGAGCAUCCAGAGUAAUCGCAUCACCAAACUAGAGGGACUGCAGAACCUGGUGAACCUAAAGGAGCUCUACCUGAGUCACAACGGCAUCGAGGUCAUUGAAGGUCUCGAGAACAACAAAAGACUGACAACUCUGGACAUCGCAGCGAACAGGAUAAAGAAGAUCGAAAACAUCAGUCACCUCACAGAACUGCAGGAAUUUUGGAUGAAUGAUAAUCAGAUAGAGAACUGGAGCGACCUGGACGAGCUAAAGAAUGCUAAAGGAUUAGAGACGGUGUAUUUGGAACGCAACCCGCUGCAGAAAGACCCUCAGUACAGACGCAAGAUCAUGUUGGCGCUGCCCAGCGUGCGGCAGAUCGACGCCACAUUUAUCCGCUUCUGACCUCCACACACACACACACACACACACACACUUACUCACUCCUCUGGCUCCUUCCUGCUCUAGAUCAGUGUUUCCUAACCAUUAGUCAGAUUUACUCUCUCUCUCACCCCCACCCCCAACUUGCACACAUGCACCCGGCUUUUCCAUGCUCAUACGCAAACACCCUUUACUAACACACACACACACACACACAUGAGCUGUUCACUCACUGUCCAUUUCUAAAGCUUCUUCCAUUUUGGGUCAAAUUAGACACAGAUGAUGUGCAAGAGUAACCUUUAUAUACACACACACACACACACACACACACACACACACACACACCUAUCCCUAUGCUAAUGUUUAAUUUAAAAAGUAGGAAGACAGGAUGUUGAUGGUGAUCAGUGUUGAGACGCUUAAAAACAUGCAAUGUUUUAGAGUAAUAUCAGAUCAGAAACAAAAACAGCAAAAUUAUUAUUGUUAUUAUUAGCGUUCAUGUUUCUGCUCCAUUAUAUCAAGAUUGUGGUUAAAUUCUCCUUUGUCUCCUCAAGCUCGCGAAAUUCAUGUAACAGGACUUGGACUUGGGCGUUUGAUGAUUAAUCAUUAAUCCAUGUAAUUUAGUAUAAAAAAAAAUGAAGUCAUAUUAUCUCAAAAUUAAUCAGGUCACUCAAACUGAACCUGUACAUCCACCAUGUCUAAGCCACUGGAGCUCCGCCCACCAGGACAUGUGAUUGACUGAUCGUUUAGUCGUAAGAAAGAAACCAGUUUAAUUGAUUAUUACUUUUAAACAGUUUAACAGGACCGGACACGCCCACAAGAGAUCAAACAGCUUCACAGGGCACAUCUGUUCUUACUUCUAAACAGGAACUUGUAUCAGGAACCUUCUGCAGUUUCUCCAAGGGUUUCUGAACCUUAUUAAAAGCAGACUCCAGCUACUCUUUCAUGCACCUCAGUCUACAAAAAAUAAUAAUAAUAAUAGAAUAACUUUCUGGGCUUUUGAUGAACACUAUAAUUAUUUUCAGUAGCGUUUCCAUUUGAUCACAUGCUCUCUGAUAAGAUUUCAUGAUUUAAGCGUAUAAAGUGUAUGAAGCCGUGUGCAUGUGAUACACCAAACGAGAGUGUUUGUGUUUAAUUGUUCGUUUGAUCCCGCGUUACACACACUAGCUGCACAAGUCGCGUAGUAUCGCUUAAAAAUAAAAUAAAAAUACAGCCUUCGCACCGGAAUGAAUUUGGCAAAGUUCCUUCAUCACUGCUGUUUAUUUUUGAAGUCUUAAAAGUUAGAUUCCUUGGGCAUUCGGUUCGGUUUUGCGUCUUCCGGCUCCGAGUGAUUUUCUAAUGACGGUAUUUUAAAGCUACAAUCAGUAACAUAAAAUCUGCAGGUAGUUUGUGAUGUCAUACAGAUUUUUCCCUCGUAACACACUUACUGAUUGUUAAAACCAAAAUUCCUUUAUUAUCUUUAGUUUUAGCAUUAGCUGUUUAGUCCACCAAUGUCUCACUAAACCACCAUAUUCUGAUUGUUGCUAUGGUUACAUCACUUAUGCUGUUCUCGUCACCUCUUGUUUAAACAUUUUCAUGUCACGUGUAGUAGUCAUGAUUAGUUUAAUGGUUUUCUUGCUAGAGACAAACUUCGUUGCUGCUGUAUGUCCUCGUGGUCAUGGUUACAUUCCAGUAUAAUUGCUAGCAUGCUAAUAGCUAAUGAAUAAGGUUGAUUUAGCUAGUAGCGCUUUAGAACAAACAAAGUAAAGACGGAGUGGGGACAGAAAUGUUAAGGAACAAUCCAGAAGGUCAACAUUUACCUCAGAUCUAUUAAUAAACUAGUGACAAAUGCUUAGUUUAAAUACAGUUACAACCUGAUUGCUGUUAGUAUUAACCUCUAACUCAUGGAACUGAUUAGCAUUGCUGACACUCUUACAACAAAUUUAAACAAGAACAGCAAAAAAAAUCUAAUUUAAUUAAGGAAAUGUAAUCUUUAAUUUAAAAUAAAAAUAGAUUUUUUUACGAUACAGAUAAAAUUCCCACAACAUUGUUUGUUUAUUGAUUAUUUUUACCGUAAUCUUUAAGCUAGCUAUUUUUUGUUAUACAUACAGUACUAAAUACAACCAGAACAUUUACUCACUGCUUCCUAUUUAAUAAAAGUGUCAAAUAAGUAUUUAAAACAAUCGCAUACUGAUUGUAGCUUUAAAAUGAUAUCGUCCGAUCUAGUGCAGUGGUCUUGCAGUGGAGUCUUUCACAGACAUGGUGAAAUUUAUUUCAGUAAAUAGGUGUGCAGGAAUAAAAGUAACACAGCUAGCGGAGGAGUGUGAGCUGAAGAUUGGACGAUCGGAAAAGAAGACGCAUCAGAGUUCCUGCGUUAAGCUGCGGAAAUUCUGUCAUUUAGAACAUAUCGGUUUUAAUCACUAACUGUUUCUGUGUGCUGUUUCGACCUUUUAUUUUAUUAUUUUUUAUGAUUUUUUGUUUGUUUCACAACUGCUUGGUUGACUGUUUUAAGAUGAAUGUAAUAUAAAUGACAAUAAACUUAAUUUGAAAAAUG